AUGGCCUUGGGGAACCACAGCAACAUCACAGAGUUUAUUCUCAUUGGACUGUCUGACAACCCCAAUGUCAAGGCUCUGCUCUUUGUGAUCUUCCUGGAGAUUUACAUUCUGACCAUAAUGGGGAAUGUGAUGAUGCUGUUGGUGAUCAGGGCUGAUUCCCACCUCCACACCCCCAUGUACUUCUUCCUGAGUCACCUCUCUUUUGUUGAUAUCUCUUUCUCUUCAGUCACUGUGCCCAAGAUGCUGGAGAACCUUCUGUCUCAAAGGAAAACUAUAUCAGUAGAGGGUUGCUUGGCUCAGGUCUUCUUUGUGUGUGUUGCUGCAGGGACUGAAGCCUGUCUGCUCUCAGUCAUGGCCUAUGACCGUUAUGCUGCCAUCUGCCACCCUCUGCUCUAUGGACAGAUCAUGAGUAAACAGCUGUAUAUGCAGCUUGUGUGGGGAUCAUGGGGACUUGGCUUUCUGGAUGCACUCAUCAACAUCUGCUUAGCUACAAACAUGGUCUUCUGUGAGGCCAAAAUCAUCCCCCACUACAGCUGUGAAAUGCCCUCUCUCCUCCCUUUGUCCUGCUCUGAUACCUCCAGAAACCUGAUUGUCUUGCUCUGCUCCACUCUUCUGCAUGGGCUGGGAACCUUCCUUUUGGUCUUCUUAUCCUAUGCCCGCAUUAUUGCCACCAUCCUGAGCAUCAGCUCCAACUCAGGCAGAAGCAAGACCUUCUCCACCUGCUCCUCCCACCUCACUGCAGUGACACUUUACUAUGGCUCAGGGUUUCUCCGCUAUCUCAUGCCAAAUUCAGGUUCCAGCAUGGAGUUGAUCUUCUCUGUGCAAUAUAAUGUAGUCACUCCCAUGCUGAAUCCUCUCAUCUACAGCCUGAAGAACAAGGAAGUAAAGGCAGCUCUGAAAAGAACUUUGGAAAAGUAUGUACAACAUUAG